GUCAAAACAGCGCACAGAUCACACACCCCAGCCCCGGAAGAUGGGGAACUGCCUGAAGUCCCCCACUUCGGAUGACAUCUCCCUGCUUCACGAGUCUCAGUCCGACCGGGCUAGCUUUGGCGAGGGGACGGAGCCGGAUCAGGAGCCGCCGCCGCCAUAUCAGGAACAAGUUCCAGUUCCGGUCUAUCAUCCAACACCUAGCCAGACUCGCCUAGCAACUCAGCUGACUGAAGAGGAACAAAUUAGGAUAGCUCAAAGAAUAGGCCUUAUACAGCAUCUGCCUAAAGGAGUUUAUGACCCUGGAAGAGAUGGAUCAGAAAAAAAGAUCCGGGAGUGUGUGAUCUGUAUGAUGGACUUUGUUUAUGGGGACCCAAUUCGAUUUCUGCCGUGCAUGCACAUCUAUCACCUGGACUGUAUAGAUGACUGGUUGAUGAGAUCCUUCACGUGCCCCUCCUGCAUGGAGCCAGUUGAUGCAGCACUGCUUUCAUCCUACGAGACUAAUUGAGCCAGGGUCUCUCAUCUGACUUCAAGUGAACCAUCAUUUUUGGUGGUUUUGAUCUUUUGUCACUGAGCCCAAAGAGCCAGGGAUUAGGAAUUAAGAUCAUGCACAAAAGUUUCCUAAAAAUUCCUGCAUGGCUGCAGGAAUUCCUGAAUGGCUGCAGAUGUUGGGGGAAAAAAGUAUGUGAUAUUUUAGAAACUUAGGGGGAAAAGUAGGAAGGUAUUUUUAUGUAAAGCCUUGACCCAGUGUUCAAAAAUAUAAUUGUAUUUAGAUCUUGUUAUUGCUCCAGUACAUAGGAAUUGUGUAAAGUGUUAUACAGCAGCUGUAUAUGUUUAAAUUGUGUCUGUUGAAGAUUAGGAAAAAGAUAGUGGUUGUUUUUCCUAAAUGAAAUAACUUUCUUCUCCCCCCCCACCCAAAUUCUUUUCUCAAGUUGCUGGCAUUUGGGUCAAGGUUUUAUUAAAAGCUACAUUUUAUAACACUGGCACAAAAAAAGUAGUUUUAAGCUUG